CGCAUGCGCGAGCCCCGGGCCUCUGCGGCCGGUCCCUGGGCGGCGGGGGAAGGGAAGAGGGGAGGAGCAAAGGAUAGGAAAAAUAGGGACGAGCCGGAAACUAAAAGACAAGCUGUCCCUGGGAGAAUUGCACAUAGCAGCAAUAAAGUCGAUCAUGGAUCUAAUCCCUGUACUCCUUGCUCCGAAGGGAGCUCAUUAGUUCUGCAUCACUCUCAAUCUUCACAAACCCAAUUUUCAUCCUUCGCUAGAAAAAAAAAAUCAGCUCUUGAUCCGAGUUGAGGGCAGAAAGUAUUGACAAUAUGGUUGAUAAAAAUCAUCGAGAUGGAGAGAUAAUUAAGUUCAUUCCUCCAUUAUACAAGCAGCGAUACCAGUUUAUUAAAGAUUUAGUAGUAAAGCACAAACCCAAAAAGGUUGCAGACUUAGGAUGUGCCGACUGUUCACUAUUGUGGAUGCUGAAAUUCUGCAGUUGCAUCGAGGUGCUUGCCGGAUUGGAUAUCUGUGAGAAUGUGUUGAAGGAGAAAAUGCACAGACUGACUCCCCUUCCUGGAGAUUAUCUGCAACCCAGCGAGAGAACUUUAACCAUUACUUUACAUCAAGGUUCAGUUGUGGAGAAAGAUUCCUGCCUGCUUGGAUUUGAUUUGAUAACUUGCAUUGAAUUAAUAGAACACCUGGAGUCAACAGAGCUGCCCAAGUUCUUGGAAGCGGUGUUUGGGUUCAUGACUCCAGCCAUGGUUGUAAUCAGCACUCCUAAUGCAGAAUUUAAUCCCUUGCUCCCAGGAGUGAAAUUAUUCAGACACUCCAAUCACAAAUUUGAAUGGAACAGAACCCAAUUUCAGAACUGGGCUUCAGCUGCAGCAGAUCACUAUGGUUAUUCAGUGGAGUUCACUGGACUUGGGACACUUCCUGGUGGAAAUAAGGAUGUUGGAUUUUGUACACAAAUAGGUGUAUUUAUGAGGAAUUCAACAGAAGAGGAUGAAUUUGUCAAACAUGAGAAACAUGCAGAGCGCGCUUACAAAACUAUUUUUACCACAGUGUACCCCAGCCUGAAGGAUGAAAAAUAUCUGAAGUUUGCGGUGGUUAAUGAAGUUAUUUUCCAAGCUGAAAAACUGAAGCAAAAUCUUAUGGACAGCCUGAAGCUGGAUCAUUAUAGCGCUGAUGAGGAAGGUUGGGAUGAGCCUCAAUGCAGAACCCAGGCCCUGGAGAGACUCCCUCUUUUUGGCAAGAACAUGGACCUCACCAAAAUGGACAGUCCACCCUUGGAGGAGGGUCCAGAACCCUUCUGCACUGGGGACGUAAUUUACAUUCCUCUGGCUAAGCUCUUUUCUUUUCCCAAAGUGCAACGACUCUGCGGGACCUUGGAGAAUCUACAAAAACUCCUUGCUGACAGCGAAGCCCUGAGCAGCGACGGGUCAGCAGUGAUGGUGAACACUGAUGAUCACAGUGAACACGAUUGGAAUGAUUAGCGGCUCAUCCUUUGCCUUUCCACAAACUCUGGGAAUGAACGCCUUGUCUCUGCUGAGAUCUGAGCUGCCAACGGUGGGGACCUCAGCUCCAAACUGCUGAUUUUGAAUUUAAACAGGUUUCCAUAAAGCAGCACUCGAUCACCUUCUUUGCAGCCUCCGGACUGCAGAAGGAGUGGCCCCUAUUUAGGCCAGAGGGUAUUUCGUUUCAGAUGAGAGGACAGAGUUAGACCCAAUAAACGGCAUAUUUAAAUUGGUCAUGGCUCACUAAAGUUAAAGAGGUUUCA